GGACAAUGGGGAAUACCAACUAUUAGUCUAGCUGGUGUUUUUGGUAUGUUAGCUGGAGUAUUUGCGUCUGUAGUUGAAUCGGUUGGCGAUUAUUUUGCAUGUGCAAGAUUAGCCAAUGCUCCACCACCACCAGGGAGUGCUGUUAGCAGAGGUAUUGGAAUGGAAGGGUUAGCCUGUGUAAUUGGUGCUGGUAUUGGAUCGCCAGGUGGCACCACAUCCUAUAGUGAAAAUAUUGGUGCUAUUGGCAUUACAAAGGUAUGA